GCGCAGGCGGCCGUGCACGGCCUGCAGUUCCGGUUCGACCGGCUCGAGGACAUUCGUGACCUCGCCGACGCAGACGAUUUGGCGCUCCAUCUGGACCGCCCCCACGGUAGGGAGGUCCGUUUUGGCAACAGCCUUGGGUUCUGGUGCGUCGGCCUCUCUGAGGGCAUCCACUUCUACACCAAGGAUCGGGAGCCCGGCGUGCCACUGCACUUCGUCGACGACCUCGCGCUGCGGAAGUGCCGUGGCGCGGUGGGACACCCGUAUUGGUACGACGACCCAACCUCGUACGUGCACAUCGCCGCGUCCACGGCGGGCUCCACUCUGCCGGAUGCUUUUGACAGUCCGACCACGCCACCGGCAGAGUCAGGACGGGAUGAUUUUACCGGGGAGCUCCAUUUGGCUGUGCCUCCGCUGGAUAUUGGGCGCUUGAUUGGCGCCGAGGGCGCCAACGUCAAGGCGAUCGCAGCAGCUACGGGCGCCCGGGUCUCCAUUGCACAGGCGCCUGACGAUGGACGGCCGGCCUCUGUUAGAAUCGCUGGCGAUCGGCCUGGGGCGCACCAGGCGCUUGCAGUCCUGACGGCAAUGGUGGGCGGUCUGAGCGUGCACGACGCCCUCGCCUACCUCGUUGCCCCACGCCCCGACCAUCCCUCACAGGAGCAGUCGUCGACCCGCGCUUCGGUGCAGGCUCGACUUCGACGACUGAGGUGGGACCCCUGUCUCGACCUGCUCGCUGGGGACCCGGGCACACCAGCGGAGCUAUCCUUGGAUGCGCUUCCAGCUUCCGUUCACAUCCAGGUCAGUGACGAGGCUUGGGACGAAUACUUGGUCCUGCGCCGCGCGCCGGGCUACAGAUCAUGGAUCGCCUACGCCACCACCGACGCGGGGGGCGACUUCGUGUGGGUCGUCCUCAACGGCGACGUGCUCCCCGCAGGCGGACUUCACAUCGCAGGACAAGAUCGUGUUCCACCUGCUGGCUGCACGGAUGAUGACGUGAACUGGCUUUGCACGCCGCCUGACGCGGCCUCUUUGUGGGGGCCAUCCCCUGCUGAGCUCGGGGAGCUGCUUGCGAGGAGCCUCGAGCUGCUCGGCCGAGGGGCGCCAGACCUGCUGGUGGAGGACACGGUGGCCGCCAUCGACAGGUUUCUUUUCGAUUCGGCCGAGGGUGGCGCAUGGCUGUCCCACGUAGGCGGGCGCUUUAAGGUGAGCGCAGCGUUCGCAGGAAAGUUUUAUACUAUCAGUCAUAGGUCACCCCGCGACGCCUGGAUCGUGGCUCCGCCCGAGCUGCCCCAUAGUAAGCUUUUCGUUGAAUUUCCAGCUGACGCCCAAGUCGGUGACGUCAAGGCGGCUUGCGACGAGUGCGGAUCUGUCACAAUGCUGCGGCCUGUCCCGCGCCCUCGCCACGCGAGGAAAAAAAACUUGCGUGGUGACUUUUGCU